AGGCACCGCCCCAGCUCAGAGCCGGGUCAGCCCAGCCCAGCCCAGUCCCGCCCCGCCCAGCCCGGGGCCCAGCUCAGCCCCGAGGGCCCCCUGAGUGAGGGGAUUCCGAAACAGGAGGUGCAAAGCACGAAUAAAUAACAACAGCGCCAGCGGGUUGAUGUACUGAGGCUCCCACUUGCCAGAAAACUAACAGUGCUGACUGGGGACUUACUGGGCUCUUUUUGGGUUGCUGGUUUGGAUGUGUAUUUUUUUUUUUCCUUGUAUUGAUCCUUUCAAAAUGUUCUCUUCUUUUUUUCAGCAAUUAGAACUUAUCACGCCCUUCCAGCUGUAUUUCAAUCCUGAGUUAAUAUUUAAGCACUUUCAAAUAUGGAGGUUAAUCACAAACUACUUGUUCUUUGGACCAGUUGGCUUUAAUUUUUUAUUUAAUAUGAUCUUUUUAUACCGGUACUGCCGCAUGCUCGAGGAAGGCUCUUUCCGGGGUCGGACGGCAGAUUUUGUAUUUAUGUUCCUUUUUGGAGGACUUUUAAUGACUCUUUUUGGGCUGUUUGUGAACUUGGUGUUCCUGGGCCAGGCUUUCACCAUCAUGCUGGUGUACGUGUGGAGCCGCAGGAAUCCCUAUGUCCGCAUGAACUUCUUCGGUCUCCUCAUCUUCCAAGCACCAUUCCUCCCCUGGGUGUUGAUGGGCUUUUCACUGCUUCUGGGGAACUCCAUCAUUGUGGAUCUCCUGGGCAUUGCUGUUGGGCAUAUAUAUUUUUUCUUAGAGGAUGUCUUUCCCAAUCAGCCUGGUGGUGGGAGGCUCCUGAGAACACCAUCUGUCCUGAAAGCAAUAUUUGACACGCCCGAGGACGACCCCAAUUAUAACCCCUUGCCCGAGGAGCGGCCAGGGGGGUUUGCGUGGGGAGAGGGGCAGCGCCUCGGGGGAUAAAUCAGGGGCUGUGCCAAAACCCAGCCCCCCCUGGGAGAGACUGGCUGAGUCCAGCCCCAUGGGGGCACUCUCCCUCCCCAGCACAGAGAGGAUUCUCUGACAGCUCUAUGGUUUGGAUACAAGCACUUUAUGGAACGGCAGCCGCACCCAAGGCACUGCCAGCGCCUUUCCCAAUCAGGGAGAUCAUUGUGCUGGACAUCAUCUGAAUCCAGUGGAGCCAAAAAUGUAAAACUGGAAACAGUUUGCUGUUGACUUCAGCUAACAAGGCCACACAAGUACUUGUUUAAAGUCAUUUCUAAAGCGGUUUUUUCAAGUUAUUUGAUACAUGAAACUCUAUGGGAAACUUUACAGGGGACAAACCCAACGUUUUGGGUUUUAGAUAAUUUUUUUUUUAUUCUUGGAUAAAACAACUACAAGAUGAUUGAAAGGCUAAGUCACUGUUUUAAUGGCAAAAGGUUUUUUAAUCUGAGGUGCUGCUGUCUCCACUCGUCUUUGAAUUGCAGGAACACAACAUGCAACAUAAUGCAGCUUUUCACACUUAGUUGGGUUUUUGGAAUGUUUUGCAGGCCAAGGUGUCAUUUUGGGGUUUUUUUCCCCCAAGGACUGUGUGUUCAGGUGCCCAGUUUUCAGGCUGGUGGUUAAAUAGAUGUGCCUGCAAAAUCCAUGCCCCACAUGCCCUCUACUGUUACUGAAUGACCUGCAGCACUAGAGAAGGAAAUUUGUCUGGAGUCAGGACUCAAAUGAUGAUGAGUUGAAUAAAAUGUCUUGUGGAUCCUUUUUGGUUAAUCUUCUGUAUAAUCCUGUAGUCCUGAGGCAGCAGGUGGAAAAGAAGGGCUGGAAAAAGCAAGUCCUUGAAGAGAAAGAGAUAACUGAAGCUUUUCCCACAAGUAUCUCAGAACUGCAGGACACAGUAUUGUCUGCUCAGGAUGUAAAAUCUGUGGUCUGUGGAUGAAGUUUCUCGUGGGAUAGUUGUGUCCAGCACAGGCCAGUGAGACUGAGUGGGAUUUAGCUUAAAGCUACAUUGAUCAUAAAUAUCCCUGAAGAGCCACGUAGGAACUUGGAACUCAAUUUAGCUCAUCA